AUGACUUCAUUAACAAAAACUCUUGAAGAUGUGACUAUUGUAUGGCUUGAUGUUGAUCGGAUUCAUGAAAAUAGAGAUGAUUUUUUUUAUACGAAAACUUGUUUACGUCAAUGUCAUAGUUAUAUUGAAAUAUAUAAUGAUGCAAAUGUUAUAAUUCAAAUGCCUCAAACAAAUCGUGGAAAAAUGAUGCUGUUAAAUGAUUGUCGUUUGGAUUACAUGAUUGUACGAAAAUUACGUCGUUCAGUAAAGAUCUUUCUUUUUGGAUGGAGUUGUACUGAUAUAUUUAGUUCGAAUUAA